AUGUCACAAGAAAAUACAAUUCCAGGAAAUUACCAACAGGUACCUUUAAGAGUUCUUUCUAUAGGGUCAGCAUACGAAGACACGAUCCUUUAUGUUGAUAAGUUUCCACCCGAAGAUGGAUAUUUUAUGGCUUCUAUGGCAUCUAAAGAAGCCUCUACGUUUUUGCUUCAAGAUUUCGAGGCACAUAAUAUAAAGACAUCAACGUGUAUAUUUAGGUCUAACGCAAAGCAUGCACCCGUGGCUUAUAUUAUACAUGCUAACAGUACAAGCUCACGAACAAUCAUAAAUUACAAUAGCAUAGACGAAUUAACUUUUGAAGAAUUUAAGCGGAAAUUUGAUGCAGUAUGUACCGAAGAAGUGGUUAGUACAUCGAAUAGUGAAUUGCCAUUUAACUGGAUACAUUUUGAAGGGCGUAACGCAGUAGAAGCAGCAAAAAUGAUAGACCAUAUUGAUACAAAAGAUUGGCGUCCUAGAACAAUAAUUAGUGUCGAAUUGGAAAAACCUUACCGUAGAGGAUUGGAAACUUUAAUGAGUAGAGCUGAUGUCAUAUUCUUUUCUAAAGUAUUUGCUGAGGGUAAAGGGUAUGAAAAUGCUGGGGAUUUCUUAAAAGUUAUGGGACCAUUUUGUAAAAAUACAGCGCACCUUUUUUGUACAUGGGGAAGUUCAGGGGCUAUGUGUUUUCAUAAUCCAACGCGUAAAUUAUUCACGGCUCCAGCUUUACCAAUAGCAAGCAUAGUCGAUACGGUUGGAGCCGGUGACACAUUUACGGCGGGGAUCAUUUAUGGAUUAACCCAAGGCAUGACACCUGAAGGUUGUCUAAAGUUUGCUUGUGAAUUAGCGGGUAGAAAAUGUGCUCAGCGUCGAGUUUAUAAACUUUUUUUAACGUCGUUUCAAAGGAUUCUCAGGUAUUUGCUUUUUAGCAAUAUUAUGAGCAUUGCUGAGGAUAAGUGGUCUAUACAUCAAUCUUCUCAAGUUCCACCUUCUUCUCAACAUCAACACCCCGAAAUAUCUACACAAGUCAACAGUAUGCCUGCUGAAAACUUUAUGCAAUCCUUUACGUACGAUGGUCAGGCUCCUCAAGGUCAAAUGCAUCAACAAAUGGCUGUCCAUUGUAAUAACGGUGUCAUGUUCAUACCACCGAAACAAGAAAUUGAUACGACCCCAAACAGAUCGCAAAAUCAAUAUCAAAGUUCUGUUUCGAUGUCUGCUCCUGUAACCCCUUCUACGCCUCGUCAAAAUGGUUCUCCAAUUGGAACUCCCAUAACGCCAGUUUCCGCACCACCAGAUUGUAAAAAUGAUAAUAGACCUACCAUUACAGCAAACCCUUAUCACGCCACACAAUUUCAACAACAGGUAAUUAGGAAACGUAGGGACAAUUCUUUAGGGUUUCCUCCAGAUGCUGGUCCAUUCUUUUCUCAAACACAACAGCAUCACAACAUAUAUAGUAUGGAUAGAUCUAAUAGUUAUAAGCUUCGAAUCAAUUCAAAAGUUGAUCGUGGAUUCUUCUUAGCUGAUAAUGAUUGGACAUGCUAUCGAAGAAAUUACUUCCAGAUUAGUAGUGCAUUUUCAGUAACAGGAACCUCUCAUGCUAUUAAUGAAUCUGAAGUACCGUGCUUGAUAGAAGUUGAAGGUCAAUUUCAUACGGUCACUCAUUUUUCAUUGGGUAUUUCUGCGCGUGUCUCCAACAGCGAUAAAAAAAUUGAGUUGGUUCAACAUACGCCAAAACGUGACAAAGGACCACAAAUGACCCCUGUGCCAAAACCUAUUCGAGCGGGUGGUAACCUAAACCUAAGUUCCGUGGGAACAAAUACAAAUAUUGUUACAUUUGAACGUAUUCAAUUUAAGACGGCUACUGCUAAUAAUGGUAAACGUCGUGCUGCUCAACAAUACUAUGUAGUCAUGGUAGAUUUAUAUGCUCAUGUUGAAAGUGGUGACCCUUAUAGGGUUGCAACAGCAACUUCAGCACCUUUAGUGGUUCGUGGACGCAGUCCCGGACAUUAUGCUGACAGUCACGAUCGUUUUAAUCCAAUUGGAAUGCAUCCAACAUUCCCAAAUGACGGUCGUCAACAUAUUACUUUCCCUGGACCUAACAGCGCCCCUGGUAUGAUGCCACCCGAUUUUAAUGCUCCACCGUUCCCGGGACCUUAUGGUCAGUACCCUCCAUUUCAAGGCUACCCUCCUAACGGUCCAAUACGUAAUGACGCCUUAUCUAUAAUGAUGUCGACCGGCGCGCCAAAUCCUGCAGCUUCCCAUUAUCAUUCGCAGCAUCCUCCACAUUAUAUGGUUCAAAACAUUCAUGAAGGAGAAAAUCCCAAUCCGGAAAUGUACAACAAUCCAAAUAUGGACCCAAAUAACAUAGAAGUUUCUACGUCAACAGCACCUGCAACGUUUGCAAAUUUUGAAUCACGACCGAUUACGACGUCGGCUUCAGACUCUCCCGCUGUUACUGGCGCAAAACCAUAUAUGAAAAUUGAGAUCCCACAAUCAUCUCAAGUACCGAAUUUACCGAAUCAUCCGCUCACAUCUCCAGUUUUUCACUCUCAAGAAUAUGUAGAAAGUUUUGGAAUGUACCAUAAUAAUGGACAUCCUGCACAUGCAGCAGCCGUACACAGCGGAGGUUAUCAUUCAGAUAGUGAACAACAUCAUAGCAACGGACCGAAUAAACAAAAGGAUGAUACUCAACAAAAUUCCGAAAAUAUUCAAGAUCAGCCUAGUCCGCAGGUAAACGGUGGCGAUAAUAAUGUUCAAUCUAACAAUAUAAAUCCAAAUGAUAAAGGUUCAAAAUCACCCGUAUCAGUGAACGGGACCAAUGAAAGCGCCACGAAGAUUAAUCCAAGAUCAAAGUAA